GCUCAAGGGAGCCGGUGCUGCACUCCGCUCCAAGUAGGGGAGCUCUAGUUUAGUUGUAGUCGUCCCUUUUUCUUAGUCUGUGUGCUACCAAUGCGACUGACCACUGGUUGCGGUCAUCCCCAAGUCAGGGAGUACCUGGCUCUCACCCUGGAGUGGACGCUUGGGGUUGCCCUCCACAGUAGGAUAACUCCCCCUAUUUCCUUUCUGCUAUGCCCAGUCCAUCUGAAGUAUGCACAUGGACACACACAGACUCAUCCCCUGCUGUUUGGGCCUGUCCUUGCCCUGCCCCACCCACCGCAGAUCUCACCCAGCAGGGAAGGGACAGGUAGUCCAUGCACACCCCUCCCUCCAGGUGUGGGCGUGAGCUAGGACUCUGCAGCCGGAGGCCCCAGAGAAGCACACAGCCCCAGAGCCUCCUGCCGAGAGCCUGCGGUGGCACCUGUCAGUCUGGCAGGCACCUGCUGGCCCCUCCACUCAGCACCACCAACCUCUGCUGCCCUGCGAUGCCCACACCCAAUAUCUCGGUCCCCCUGCCCACGUUCUUCUGGGUCAACGCCUCUGGAGGUGGGGAGUUGGGUGCUGACGAUGCCACGCUGCCUGUCGAAUUCUUCGCCCUGAGGAUCAUGGUGGCCUUGGCCUAUGGGCUUGUGGGGGCCAUCGGCUUGCUGGGGAACUUGGCUGUGCUGUGGGUGCUGGGUAACUGUGGUGCUCGGCGAGCCCCUGGUCCACCUUCUGACACCUUCGUCUUCAGCCUGGCUCUGGCAGACCUGGGGCUGGCACUUACUUUGCCCUUCUGGGCAGUUGAGUCAGCGCUGGACUUCCACUGGCCUUUCGGAAGUGCCCUCUGCAAGAUGGUCCUGACGGCCACCGUCCUCAAUGUCUACGCCAGCAUCUUCCUCAUCACAGCCCUGAGUGUUGCCCGGUACUGGCUGGUGGCUUUGGCUGUAGGGCCACGCACCCAUCUCUCGCUCUUCUGGGCCCGUGUGGCCACCUCGGCAGUAUGGGUGGCAGCGGCCCUGGUGACGCUGCCCACGGCCAUCUUUGGGGCCGAGGGUGAGUUAUGGGGUGUGCACCUCUGCUUGCUGCGCUUCCCCAGCAGGUACUGGCAGGGAGCCUACCAGCUGCAGAGGGUGGUCCUUGCCUUUGUGCUGCCCUUGGGCAUAAUCACCACCAGCUACCUGCUGCUAGUGACCUUCCUGCGGAGGCGGCAACGACAGCGGCAGGACAGCAGAGUGGUGGCCCGCUCUGUCCGUAUCCUGGUGGCUUCCUUCUUCCUUUGCUGGUUUCCCAACCAUGUGGUCACUCUCUGGGGCGUCCUGGUGAAGUUUGAUCUGGUGCCCUGGAGCAGAACUUUCUACACGGUUCAUACCUAUGUCUUUCCUGUCACCACCUGCUUGGCACAUAGCAACAGCUGCCUCAACCCUGUGCUGUACUGUCUGCUGCGGCGGGAGCCCCGCCAGGCUCUGGCAGACACCUUCAGGGCUCUGCGAUCCAGGCUGUGGCCCCAGGGCCCUGGCUGGCUGCAGCGGGUGGUCCUAAAGGAGGUAGGCAGUCCGUGGAUAGCGAGCACCCCCCGGGAGAGUGGCCCUUCUAAUGUGCUUGUGAACUUGCACAGAGGGACACCUGGUUGAAGGACAAAGCUCCAUUCUCUCCUCUUUCUAGGACCUGCCAGACACAGGAUCCACACAUCCUAGGGAGAGGCUGCCCUCUCGGCCAGGCCCAUGGAAAUUCCGAUCUCCAAUCACCGACUCUGGGUGUAGGGAAUGCGGGAGGCCAGGGCCCAGGUCUGGGUUGAAUGUGACAAAGCUGAAGUCUCUAUUUAGAGGUGGAAAAGAAGAGGAACUCACAAUAAACUUCUGGAUUACCCACAAGUUGUCUUGUUUUAUUUAUUUAUUUUUGAGACCCUGUCUCACUAAGUUGCUAAAUUGCCUGGGCUGGGCUGGAACUUGUAUUCCUCCCUUCUCAGCCUUCUAGGGUGCUGGGAUAAAUACAUAGCACCACAGCCUGCUCUUUGCCUUCACCUCUUAUCCCAGUUCCAUCUCCAGUUUAUUUUAUUUAUUUUUUUUUGGGGGGGUGUUUCCGGUACCGGGAACCGAACUCAUGACCUU